AUGGGGCACAACGGCAGCUGGAUCUCCCGAAACGCCAGCGAGCCGCGCAACGCGUCGGGCGCGGAGGCUGGGAGCGCCAACCGCAGCGCGCUCGGGGAGUUCGGCGAGGCUCAGCUGUACCGCCAGUUCACCACCACCGUGCAGGUCGUCAUCUUCAUAGGCUCGCUGCUCGGAAACUUCAUGGUGUUAUGGUCAACUUGCCGCACAACCGUGUUCAAAUCUGUCACCAACAGGUUCAUUAAAAACCUAGCCUGCUCCGGGAUUUGUACCAGCCUGGUCUGUGUGCCCUUUGACAUCAUGCUCAGCACCAGUCCUCACUGCUGCUGGUGGAUCUAUACCAUGCUUUUCUGCAGGGUCGUCAAAUUUUUGCACAAAGUCUUCUGCUCUGUGACUAUCCUCAGCUUCCCUGCCAUUGCCUUGGACAGGUACUACUCCGUCCUUUAUCCCCUGGAGAGAAAAAUAUCUGAUGCCAAGUCCCGCGAACUGGUGAUGUACAUCUGGGCCCACGCAGUGGUGGCCAGCGUGCCCGUGUUUGCGGUGACCAACGUGGCCGACAUCUAUGCCAUGUCCACCUGCACCGAAGUGUGGAGCAACUCCCUGGGCCCCCUGGUGUACGUGCUGGUCUAUAACAUCACUACAGUCAUCGUGCCCGUGGCUGUGGUCUUCCUCUUCCUGAUCCUCAUCCGCCGGGCCCUGAGCGCCAGCCAGAAGAAGAAGGUCGUCAUCGCGGCCCUGCGGACCCCGCAGAACACCAUCUCCAUCCCCUACGCCUCCCAGCGGGAGGCGGAGCUGCAUGCCACCCUGCUGUCCAUGGUGAUGGUCUUCAUCCUGUGUAGCGUGCCCUACGCCACGCUGGUCGUCUACCAGACCGUGCUCAACGUCCCCGACACGUCUGUCUUCUUGCUGCUCACUGCCAUUUGGCUGCCCAAGGUGUCUCUGUUGGCCAACCCUGUGCUCUUCCUGACUGUGAACAAGCCUGUCCGCAAGUGCUUGGUAGGCACGUUGCUGCAGCUGCACCGUCGCUACAGCCGCCGGAACGUGGUUAGCGCGGGGGGCGGGGCGGCCGGCGCCGGCCUGGAGCCCAGCCUGCGCUCGGGCAGCCAGCUCCUGGAGAUGUUCCACAUCGGGCAGCAGCAGAUCUUCCAGCCCGCGGAAGAUGAGGAGGAGAGUGAGGCCAAGUACACUGGCUCGGCUGACCUCCCGACCCAGGAGAUAGUCGCGCCCUGCCUGCAGGGAGAGCAGGGCCCGCAGCGUACACCUGCUGCGCCACUCCUGGGCGCCGUGGACUGUGUUUCCCAGGGGGCGCCUGCAGCCCCUGUGGAGCCCGAGACGCUGCCUGACAAGUACUCCCUGCAGUUCGGCUUUGGGCCUUUCGAGUUGCCUCCUCAGUGGCUCUCAGAGACCCGAAACAGCAAGAAGCGGCUGCUUCCCCCCUUGGGGAACACGCCAGAGGAGCUUAUUCAGACAAAGAUGCCCAAGGGAGGCAGGGUGGAGCGGAAGAUGAGCAGAAACAAUAAAGUGAGCAUUUUCCCAAAGGUGGAUUCCUAG